AGCGCGACCAUUGUCACUCCCUCUCCUCGCUUGUCCCCAGGAGGAGAAAAGAUGGCGACUGAAAACAGCUCGGUAAGCAACGAGGAGAAUGCGGCUCUUCUGCAGAAGGACUCGGGCGAGGACGAGCGAGAGCAACAUGACAUUGUCGUCAAAGCAAAGGAAUCAAAGUUAACACUUUACCACUGGACGCAGUCGUUUAAUUCACAGAAGGUGCGUCUGGCCAUAGCAGAGAAAGGUUUGCGCUGCGUCGAGUAUGAUGUGAGCUUACCACUCAGCGAGCAUAAUGAGCCGUGGUUCAUGCGUCUCAAUCCCACUGGCGAGGUGCCGGUCCUGGUCCAUGAUGACAAUGUAAUCUGUGACCCCACACAGAUCAUGGACUACUUGGAGCAAAACUUCAGUGAUGAGGGCACUCCCAGACUGAUACCUGAAGAGGGAAGCACAUAUUACCACAGAGUGCAGCAUUACAGAGAGCUGCUGGACUCACUACAGAUGGAUGCCUACACCCACGGCUGCAUCCUGCACCCUGAGAUCACUGUGGAUUCGCACAUACCAGCUUAUGCUGCCACAAGCAUACGGACGCAGAUCUUAAACAUGGAGUCGGAGCUGAAGAAGCUGGCAGAAGAGAACCCGGAGCUCAAAGAUGCUUACGUAGCCAAACAGAGGCGCUUAAAGUCCAAGUUGUUUGACCACGACAACAUGAAGUACCUGAAAAAGCUUCUGGAUGAACUAGAGAGUGUGAUGGACCAGGUGGAGACUGAGCUGCAGAGGCGGGUGGAAGAAACACCAGAAGAAAACAGUCAGUCUUGGCUGUGCGGCGAGUUCUUCAGCAUGGCCGACGUCUCCCUAGCCGUCACCCUGCACCGCCUCAAGUUCCUCGGCCUGUCCCGGCGCUACUGGGGCAACGGCAGCCGCGCCAACCUGGAGGGCUAUUACGAGCGCGUGCUGGAGCGGCCAGCCUUCAGGAGGGUGCUGGGCCAUGUCAACAACAUCCUGAUUUCGGCCGUGCUUCCCGUGGCGUUUCGAGUUGCCCGGAAGAACGCACCGGCCAUUGCCGGCACCACGCUGUUGAUCGGCGUGUUGGGCGGCGCCGCGUACCUGGCCUUUCUUUACAUGAGGAGGAGAUUGCCUCUGUCCAGUUGGGGAGGCUGGAGCUGAAUUCAUGGGGUAGCACACUCUCUGCACAUUUAAAAUAACUGCACAUUAUACAGUACUGUGCAAAAGGCCACAACUGGCUUUGUUGUUGUUUUCUACAUAGUAAAACAGCAUAUAAUACAUUGUUUGCAGAAUUACACAGAAAAUACAAUGUAACUUUGUAGCAAGGUUGGUUUAUUGGACAAAAACACACCAUUCUAUUUCGAUGAGGAUCUGCUUAAAGGUUCUUCUACUUCUUAGUAGUAGUACAGUAAAUAUAUUUUAUGGAACAGUUAUAAUGGUCUGUUUACUAUACUACACAAACCAAGAAGUAGCUCACUCACACAUAACAGAAAAAUAACACACCCCAUUACUACAACAUUGUAAACAAAUCUGACUUUUGCACAGUACUCUAUGCAAUUAGAUAUAACUUAGUGCACUGUAUGCAACAAGUGUAGUAAAAAUGCUCAAAUCAGCUGAAAAAACAACAAGCUACAUUGUGGUUAGUGAUAGGACAAACAUGUAUCAAUUUCAAUUCAAUUUAAAUGUAUCCCUGGUUCAAUUCAAGCUGAGCAUUGUUUUAACAAGCCAUAAAAAUGCACCUGAAUACACCAUCUCACUUUCAUUACUUCCCUUUUGUGCUCUGCAACACAAAAAAAUAUGCCAAAUGUCUUCUGCAGACUUAUUCUCCAGCAUCUGCCUCAGAACAACCCUCCUACUUACCCAGUGUAACUGAGAAUACAUAUUUUCAUAAGUGCUAUAUCACCAAGAUAUUGAGAGGGGUAAAAAAUAACCAUCAAAACAUUCCCAAAUCUGGAUGUAAGUCAACGACUGCAGCAAUUUGUUUAGCACACGGACACUGAACAUAUGCAAGGAGGACUCACGUGAGCGGAGCUACACAUAAAGCAGACACAUGUUGGAAGUCUAGACCCUGUCUGGCCUUUAGGCUCAGCAUCUGGAGGACUGUGUAUUGUAGCUGUCAUUCAACACGUGACCACAAGCUCAUUACUGGGAAGAAAAAAACAUCACACAAGUGAAAAAGAUAUUGGUCGCAUUGUUUUUGUAUGAUGUAUAGCAGGAUAUUCAAUUAGAUUGUUUUGAGGGCCACAUUUUCAGAAGGCUAUGGGCCGGUGGGCUCACUAUAAACUUACCAUAAGUCUUAUUUUCUAUAUUGGUCUUUUUAUUUUGUCAACACAACAAACGAUUACGAUUGCAACAACACAUCAUCAGUAGGGUAAAACUAACCUGUCUCACGACGGUCUAAACCCAGCUCACAUUCUCUUUGUGGGUGAACAAUCCAACGCUUUGUGAAUUCUGCUUCACAAUGAUAGGAAGAGACAGGUUAGACAGGUUAGUUUUGUGUUGCUGCAAUAGUAAUCUAUUGCAUCUGUUUUUAAAGACCUUUUGCAAAAAAGCUAGUCAAAAAUCAGCUCUUUGACGGCACUGUGGUGUUUUUUAGAAACUGCUGCAAAAAUAUGAGUUUCUCACAAGUUUUUUUUAACUGAACUUGCUUGGUGAAUAGCCCAAAUGAUGAAAAAGAGAGGACCUAAAAUAGAACCUUGAGGAACACUACUCGUACAGGUGAAACUCAAAGAAUUUGAAUGCUGUGUAAAAGUCUAUUCAUUUCAGCACUUCAACUUCAAACAUGAAAGUGAUAUGUGAUAUACACUCAUUACAUGCAAAGUGAAAUAUGGCAAGCUUUUAUUUGUCAUAGUUUGAUGAUUAUGGCUUAACAGUUUUGGAAAACCAAAAAUGUUCUGAAAUUUUCAAUUUGAGGUUUUCAGAGGCUGUAAGCCAGGGUCCCCCAAACCGAAUAUGGCCCGCCAGCAUCCAAAAUCCGGCCCGCGGGAGGUCUCAAGUUUUAUUUUUUAUUUGUUCUCUUUGUUUUUAAUGUCUAUUCUAUGCUGGAUCUACUCUCUAUUUUAUGCCGCCCUUUUUUGCUGCAGAUGUUACAUACACUGUUAUACUGUACAUCAGGGGUGUCCAACUCAUUUUAGCU